CUAAGUACAGAUAUUGUUUACGCGGAAGCCGUUUCUAAAUUAUAUUGACAUGUUUUAUAUAAAAUUUAAAUUUAAUCAACUUGAAUUUAAAUCAACAAUUGUAUCUUGAAAAGAUGGGCGUCACGGUUCUGCAACCAUAUCCAGUGGACAACAAGUCGGGAGCACAAACCAUUGAAUUCCUGGUGAAACGAGUGCUCGCAUUAGGUGCCGUUCAAGUUGGUCAUUUUUUGGUAGACUGCGAAACUUACACAUCAAUUCCGCCCACGAAAACUGUCCAUAUAUUGCACAAUUCAGAGCAACCCGCUUCGGUAUUUUCCAUCCUGGAUACCGGAACCAAACAAAUACCGCUAGUAACGGAUGGAUUGUUCGAUUUGCUUAUGGCUAGAAUUUCACCGGUCUACACUUCAAAAAAACAGACGAAGAUUGAAUCUAAAGGGCCCCGUUUCGAAUUCGGAGACUUUCUGAUAAAACUUGGCAUCGUAACGAUGAGUCAAAACUUCAAAGGAGUGUUGGUGGAAGUGGAGUAUAGGCCUUGUUUGAUUGCAGCCAGCUGUUGGGAGUUAAUGCGAGAGUUUUUACAAGGAUUCUUGGGAUCCAACGUGUCAAAUUCCAUUCCAGCCUAUUUCACACAAAGGAUCAAUAUGAAUACAAACCACACGAAAGCGAAUGAUAUUUAUCAACCGAUUGACACAAUCAACCAGUAUUUGGAACAUUUUACAAAUUACCGGAAGCAAACAUCUGCUGUUACGUCGAGACCGUAGAAUUAGUAUGUGAGUUAUAAUUGUUCAAGGAAGCAUAUAUUAAAAAUCUUCGAAAAAUAGGAUAACAUUUCAACAAA